UAAACCACAAACUGUCGAUCGCUAAUUAACGACUUUCUGUGAAGAGAAAUAAAAAUUAAAGAAUUAACGCUGAAAUCUAGUUAAAUUGUGCCUAAAACCCGUAAAAAACUUGUGUUGAACGUGUGUGAGAGGUGUUGAUUGUCGGGACACGUGUGAAAAUAUGGAAGACUUUCAAAAAAUUGAGAAAAUCGGCGAAGGCACGUAUGGUGUCGUCUACAAAGCACGGAACAAACAAACCGGUCAAGUUGUGGCCAUGAAGAAAAUCCGUCUCGAAUCCGAGGAUGAAGGCAUUCCAUCGACAGCCAUCCGUGAAAUUUCGUUGCUAAAGGAACUGAAGCAUCCCAACAUCGUUUGCUUGGAAGAUGUAAUUAUGGAGGAAAGUCGUCUUUACCUCAUCUUUGAAUUCCUCUCGAUGGACUUGAAGAAAUACAUGGACUCGUUGCCUGCCGACACAUUUAUGGAUAAAGAGCUCGUACGCAGUUACUUGUAUCAAAUCACAGCAGCGAUGCUCUUUUGUCAUCGUCGUCGUGUCCUGCAUCGCGACUUGAAACCCCAAAAUUUGCUCAUCAACAAGGAAGGUGUCAUCAAAGUUGCUGAUUUCGGUCUUGGACGUUCCUUUGGCAUUCCCGUGCGCAAUUACACACACGAAAUUGUCACAUUGUGGUAUCGCGCGCCCGAAGUUUUGCUCGGAAGUCAACGGUAUUCGUGUCCCGUGGAUGUUUGGUCUCUCGGAUGUAUCUUUGCGGAAAUGGCAACUCGCAAACCCUUGUUCCAGGGUGACUCGGAAAUUGAUCAGUUAUUCCGGAUGUUCCGUAUUCUCCGAACACCCACAGAAGAUAUUUGGCCAGGCGUGACUUCGUUGCCGGACUACAAACCUACAUUCCCGUGUUGGAACACAAAUCAAUUGGAAAAUUCCGUGAAGAAUCUUAAUGAGGAUGGACUGGAUUUGUUGCAAAAGACUUUGGUGUACGAUCCGGUGCACAGAAUUUCAGCCAAGGAUAUGUUGGAACAUCGAUACUUCGAUGGAUUCGAUAAAAAACUUGUACCGACUGCAUAAAAAAUGUAAUUUUGAAAGAGGCGACUUUCAUUAAAUGAAUUGUAAGAAACUCAUCAAUCUUGUGCAUAAUUAAGUUCUCUCUAGCUAUGUCUCUGUAUAUGAUAUCACAAAAAUAUAUAA